GCUAGUAACCAUGGACUGAUCGCGCAAUGGCGGUUCGCGGCGGGAAGGCCCUGGUCGUAGCCAUGCUCAUCUCCUUGCUCCUGGUCCAGGGGGGCCUCGGGGAAUUCCGAUGCUGCCACUGCCGUGUGUACCGCAAGUGCAUGAACAACCCUCGCCGCAAGCCCACUGAAGAAGGCUACAACUACUGCAUCCUGAAAUCCUUCAAGGACUGCAGGGCUGCCUUCAAGCAUGGCUGCCCCAAGUCGGGCUGCAAGCAGCGUGCUGACCCCGACAUGGGUGCGGCCUUUGCAGCUGCAGCCGGUGGUCGCAACCACAGCGAGAGAAAACAGCUCCAUGAGAGCUCGACUGCUGGAGGAUCAGGGUGGUAUGUUGGAUUGGAGGACAAGAAAUAUUCGGCCGCAGCCCAGGCUGAGAAUAUAUGAUCAUAACUACGUAGAAUAAAUAAUGCCAUACCAUCCUUCCUUCAUACUAGUAGCUUGUUAUGACUGAAUGUCCUGCCACUGAGAACCUUUGCUGUCCUGGUUAUAU